CGGGAGGGCAGGGCGGUGGCGCCGUCCCCUCAGAGGGGCGCUGGCGCGCGGGCAGCGGCUCUUCUGCCGGGAGCGGUCGGAGCACUGCACGGCUCGGCGAUGAGUGGCCCCCGCGCUCCAGGCCCCGAGGCCGGCGCCGCCGGGGCCGAGCCACCCGGCGCGGCGCUGAGCGUGGACGUGACGGGGCUGCUGGCGCAGCUGGCGCGCAGCUUCGCGCUGCUGCUGCCGGUGUACGCGCUGGGCUACCUGGGCCUGAGCUUCAGCUGGGUGCUGCUGGCGCUCGGGCUGCUCGUGUGGUGCCGCCGGAGCCGCGGCCUCAAGGCCACCCGCCUGUGCCGCGCGCUGGCGCUGCUGGAGGACGAGGAGCGCGCCGUGCGCCUGGGAGUGCGCGCCUGCGACCUGCCGGCCUGGGUUCAUUUUCCGGACACCGAAAGGGCAGAAUGGCUAAAUAAGACCGUGAAGCACAUGUGGCCUUUUAUUUGCCAGUUUAUAGAGAAGCUGUUUCGGGAAACCAUCGAGCCAGCCGUGCGGGGCGCGCACCCCCACCUCAGCACCUUCAGCUUCACGAGGGUCGACGUGGGGCAGCAGCCCCUCAGGAUCAAUGGUGUUAAGGUGUAUACUGAAAACGUGGACAAAAGGCAAAUUAUUUUGGACCUUCAGAUUAGUUUUGUAGGAAAUUGUGAGAUUGAUUUGGAGAUCAAGCGAUAUUUUUGUAGAGCUGGUGUGCAAAGUAUACAGAUUCAUGGCACCAUGCGGGUGAUCCUGGAACCGUUGAUUGGCGACAUGCCCUUAGUGGGAGCUUUGUCCAUCUUCUUCCUCAGGAAGCCACUUUUAGAAAUUAACUGGACAGGACUGACUAACCUUCUCGAUAUCCCCGGAUUGAAUGGUUUAUCAGAUACUAUCAUCCUGGAUAUAAUAUCCAACUAUCUGGUGCUUCCCAAUCGAGUCACCGUUCCUCUCGUCAGCGAAGUUCAGAUAGCGCAGUUGCGGUUCCCGGUACCAAAGGGUGUCCUCAGGAUCCACUUUAUUGAAGCUCAGGACCUUCAGGGGAAGGACACUUACCUGAAGGGGCUUGUCAAGGGCAAGUCGGACCCGUAUGGAGUCCUUCGAGUUGGCAACCAGAUCUUCCAGAGCAAGGUCAUCAAGGAGAGCCUCAGCCCCAAGUGGAACGAGGUGUAUGAGGCUUUGGUCUACGAGCAUCCUGGGCAGGAGUUGGAGAUCGAGCUGUUUGAUGAAGACCCAGACAAGGACGACUUUCUCGGGAGUCUUAUGAUUGACCUCAUUGAAGUUGAGAAGGAGCGCCUUUUAGACGAAUGGUUCGCCCUGGACGAGGUCCCCAAGGGAAAGCUGCACCUGAAGCUGGAGUGGCUCACGCUGGUGCCAAACGCCGUGAACCUCGAGAAGGUGCUGACAGACAUCAGGGCCGACAAAGACCAAGCCACCGACGGGCUGUCCUCCUCGCUGCUCAUCCUGUACUUGGACUCCGCGAGGAACCUUCCGAGUAUCUACGAGGGAGACUUUGGGUGUGGCUACUUAAAAGAGAGGCGAGCGUCGGGACUAGUGUUUUGUGAAAAUACUGCCUCAGUCUAUAGAGCACUCUUUUCAGGGAAGAAAAUGAACAGCAACCCAAGCCCUCUCGUCCAGAUGUCCGUUGGUCACAAGGCCCAGGAGAGCAAGAUUCGGUACAAAACCAAUGAACCCGUGUGGGAGGAAAACUUCACUUUCUUCAUCCACAACCCCAAGCGCCAGGAGCUUGAAGUGGAGGUGCGAGACGAGCAGCACCAGUGCUCUCUGGGGAACCUGAGGAUCCCACUCAGCCAGCUGCUCGCCAGCGAGGACAUGACCAUGAACCAGCGCUUCCAGCUCAGUAACUCAGGGCCCAACAGCUCGCUGAAGAUGAAGCUGGCCCUCAGGGUGCUCCACCUUGAAAAGCAGGAAAGGUCUCCAGACCACCAGCACUCCGCGCAAGUCAAGCGACCCUCUGUUUCCAAGGAAGGGAGAAAACUGCCCGUCAGGCCUCAGAUGUCCGCAUCUCCAGGCACCGGUGACAGCAACACAGCCCCGUCCUCCCCCGUCAUCGUCGGGGGUGGCGAUAAGCCUGGCGUGGAAGAGCGAGCCCCGCCGGCAGAGGCCAGCCCUCAGGGGCCGCAAGACCUGGGCCGGAGCGCCUCCAGUCUCCAGGCCAGCGGCCCCGGCUCCCCCAGCCACGUCUCCGCCAAGGAGCCCACCCCAAGCAUCGCCUCGGACAUCUCGCUGCCCAUCGCCACUCAGGAGCUGCGGCAGAGGCUGCGGCAGCUCGAGAACGGGACCACCCUGGGCCAGUCCCCCCUGGGGCAGAUCCAGCUGACCAUCCGGCACAGCUCCCAGCGCAACAAGCUGGUGGUGGUGGUGCACUCCUGCAGAAAUCUCAUUGCCUUCUCUGAAGAUGGCUCUGACCCCUACGUCCGCUUAUAUUUGUUGCCAGACAAGAGGAGGUCAGGAAGGAGAAAAACACACGUGUCCAAGAAAACGCUGAACCCCGUGUUUGAUCAGAGCUUUGAUUUCAGCGUCUCUUUGCCGGAGGCGCAGAGGCGAACCUUGGACGUGGCUGUGAAGAACAGCGGGGGCUUCCUGUCCAAAGACAAAGGGCUUCUUGGCAAAGUUCUGGUCGGUCUGGCAUCGGAGGAACUCGCCAAAGGCUGGACCCAGUGGUACGACCUCACGGAAGACGGGACGAGGCCACACGUGGUGACGUAGGUCCCCGGGGAGCCAGUCGCCCUCCCCACCCCCGCCUGCCCAGCCCUGUGCUCAGGACGCACCGAUGCUGUUUUUGCCAGUUCCUGUCUCUGGUUCCUUCCCGGUUUUAUAAGACGUGUUGACCUUCUCGGCAUAUUCGGCCGGUAUGAUCAUUAAGUUUUGUAUGUUUCCUUUCCUCUGGUGUCUCCCGGUCACCCCCGCGUGUGGAGGAGAGAGGUGGGCACUGUGCCCGCAGGGCUGCGUGCCAGCCGCCCCGACGGAGCCGACGUCUGGCUGUGCUUUCUUACUGCCUUGUUUUGUACAUCACCGCGCGGUGCAAAUAGACUCUUUUUUAUAAUCUCUCCAUGCCGGUUUGAAUUCGGAAGAAAAUGGAUCAAGGAAAUAUAUAUAUAUUUUUCUUCGAAAACUUCGAUUCUUAAGACAAACAUUUUUGUCUUUGCCAGAAAACGUUCUCAGUGACCUAUUUUGUGGUGUUUCUUUUUCAAAAGAGAAGCCGAAAGAGUGGUAAAUAUUAGUAUGCUUCGGCCCAUGAUGAAUGAUGAGAGAAUGCAUCCACAUGUACGCUUGCAUACAUAUGGAGAUACAUUAUUGAGAAGGCCAUGGGAGGGGCUCGUAAGAAAAAACGUAUAACUGAGUAAAACACAAAACAUGAAGAGCAUUGCCCUGGCUCAGAAAUCAUAGUGUGCCGACCUGAAAUCUCGUACAGAAAAUGGAAUGUCUUACGCUUCAGUCGCUCGUUACAGCUUAUCCGUGACACAGUGCAGAUACUCCGUCCUGCCUUUCCUGAAAUAUAAUACAGACAGAUUUUUGAUAUUUGCUGUCAGGCUCUAGCUUCCCAGCCUUUUCGGUGUUUUCUCAGCCUGGAAAGAAAGGUGAACUCAUGUCUCCACAGAGACUGUGAGAUGGGUCAGGGGGUGUAGAUAGGAGGUGGUGGUGGCCGGCCCAUGUAUCUGUCUGCGUGACAUCACACGUGGGACAGAGAGGUCCCCAAGCCGGCACUGGACACCCCUGCGACCCAGGGGUUUCCUGGUGAGUAACCACUUCCUGGGUUUCCUCACUCGAUGGAAUGACCGACCUCAGUACUGGCAUAUUGUUAGACAGCUUUUAUUUGGAAAUAAGAGUUUUCUUAGAUCACGGAAAGCACGUCUUCCCUACAGAGCCCAAGCUUCUCGGGAGGUGAGGCUCUGCAGCCUGGCCGGAGCCGAGCGCUGAGCGCAGGGUGGAGGUGUGCAGAGAGAGCUUUAAGGGCUCUGGCUGUGCGAUGCACCGUAAAAUGGGGUAUAAAUAUUGGGGGAAAUACGGCUUUGAGAGCGAGGCCGGCCAUCUCACCCUGAGUGCCCUCGCGGGCCCGACCCCUGCGUGACCGGACCUGCCAAGGGCCUGCGUGGCUGCUGUGGAUGCCGUCGCUGCCCCGGCACCUCCUGCAGCUCUGUUUCUGUUUACACUUUGAGCCGUGGGUCCGUGUGCGGCGGGGUCUCAGCCAUGAUCCUGAAGACCAGGGCCCUUUGCAGCCUCAGCGAGACCCCUUUCCCUCCUCUGUCGGCGCCGAGGAAGCCGGUGGACGUGCGGGCCGCCGGGCACUGCUCUCGAACGCCUCACCCUGCCCUCUCGGUAGUAAGAGGCAGGUGAUUACGACCUCUGCUUGCCUGCCCAUGGUAUUCAAUGUACUGGGAAUUUUUUAAAAGUUAGGUUUGUUGACGGUCUUCUGGCACACCUUCUAAAAGGAGAGAAGCACUUGUUAAAAUUUAUGAGACCAGUGAUUUCUGCCAGCAUCCCCUCCUUAGAGGUUUUGUGGCACAUGUGUCGCCUGUUCAGUCGGGCUUUCCUGGAGAGAAUGCUUUAUUUAAGCCAUUAGGCAAGAUGAUAAAAACCAAACCAAGCCCGUUCGCAGCACGGCACCCACCCUCUGUGGAUGGCGGGGGCUGGACCCAGACCCAGCAGCCAGCUCCCUUCUCUCUAAAAGGAAAGAAGGGAAGCAAGGGGAUGGUUGGAAAGGCCCAGAACCCGUCCCAGGUAGGAGUCUGUCUGCACGGCCGAUGGGCCUUCAGAGGGAACCUCUGUCCUGGGGGACAGCUGAGACUCACCCCGAGGCCAGACCCCGCGCCCCGCUCUGUUCCCCAGGCCUUCAGCACCAGUGCUUGAUAGUCAAUUCUUCUAGGAAAAGGGAACCUGAACUUUUCUACGUGGAACCAAACCCAUGGAGGGACGAUUAACAUUCAGGAAUUUGAAUUCUGUCACUUUGUGGCUCAUCCUGUGCCUUAAAGUAGGAGGAAUGAGGUGUUGCUUCAGGCGAAAACGGAAGAGGCCUCUGAGCUGUACUCGCCAGUCUGCUCCGCGCAGAUGCUCCUCGUCGGGAGGUUGGCCCUCCUUUGCCAAAACCUAAGCCAAAUGCACAUCCGCCUGCGUGUGGCUAUCCCGUGGUUGUUGCUUUAACUCCAGUCUCGCUCGUCCCCCCACUGCAGACGGAACGCGGCAGAGGGUUUUUUGUCGGUGGGGUUGUAGGAGGUCCUUUCUGCCCAACUAAUUUUCCAUGACAAUGCAUGUAUUUAUUCAAUAAAACUUUUAUGUUCGCUCA